AACCGCUCAUUCAAUUGCAAAUUUCGCCUCUCUCUCUCUCUCUCUUCUUCUUUCUCAACGGUCGAGAGCUUCUUUCAUUUUCGAAUUCGAAGUUCAAACUCUCUGUGUCUCUCUGUGCAUAGCAAAGCAGCUUGGAAAACCAUGAGGAAGCUCAGCAGCAGCAAAGAUAGUAGCAACAUGGAGACUCGAUUCUUGGCCUCAUCCAUUCGGAACCUCCUACCGAGAUCCAUGUCGUCUUCUUCUUCCUCUUUCUCUAAGCUCAAGACCAACUCAAACCCUAAAAACCCUAAGUCCAACAUCGAAAACACCCCUCCCAUCGAUCCAAACAUCCAGAUCGACCACGGCCAAACCAACUCGCCUCUUUUAGCCAAGCAGUUACCUUCCGAUCUGCAUAAAUCUAAGCCAGAGAUUGCCGGAUCGUACGCUGACCAACAAGAAACCGUGCCUUCUGAUGCACCGGUGAAGGUUGUGGUGAGAAUUAAGCCUGCUAAUGAUGGUGCAAGGGACGGAGAUGGAACCAUAAAAAAGGUUUCUUCAGAUUCUGUCUCGGUUGGGGACCGGAGAUUUACGUUUGAUUCGGUUUUUGAUUCGAAAGCCAAUCAGGGAGACGUUUUUCAGUUGGUGGGUGUGCCGUUGGUUAAAAAUGCUUUGGCUGGUUACAACACUUCAAUCGUUUCAUAUGGACAGAGUGGAAGCGGAAAGACAUACACUAUGUGGGGUCCUCCGAGCGCCAUGGUUGAGGAUCCCUCUCCUCAUAGUCAACAGGGCAUUGUUCCUCGCACUUUCCAAAUGCUAUUUUCAGAGAUUGAUAAAGAGCGGCAAAACUCUGAAGGGAAACAGAUUAAUUAUCAGUGCCGUUGCUCGUUUCUUGAGAUAUACAAUGAACAAAUAGGGGAUUUACUUGAUCCAACCCAAAGAAGACUUGAGAUUAAGGAUGAUCCCAAAAAUGGACUGUUUGUUGAGAAUUUGACAGAAGAAUAUGUGACUAGCUAUGAGGAUGUGAUACAGAUUCUGAUCAAGGGGCUUUCAAGUAGGAAAGUAGGUGCAACUAGUGUGAACUCCAAGAGCUCUAGAUCCCAUAUUGUUUUUACUUUUUUCAUUGAAUCUUGGUGUAAGGAGACCUCAUCAAAGUGUUUUGGUAGUUCGAAAACAAGCAGAAUCAGCCUUGUUGAUCUUGCUGGUCUAGAUAAAAAUAAAAUUGACGAUGAUGCAGGUAGACAGUGUGCCAGGGAAGGAAAAAAUGUCAAGAAGUCCUUGUUACGGCUUGGGCAAUUGGUAAAUACUCUAGCUACGAAGGGACCUGAGUCUGGAAAAUCUGAAGAUAGUCUGUACAAAGGCUCCUGUUUAACACAAUUGUUGCGGGAAUCACUUGGUGGCAAUUCAAAAUUAACAGUCAUCUGUGCCAUCUCUCCAGACAAAAACAACAAUAGUGAAAUACUAAGAACACUACGGUUUGGAGAACGUGUGAAAUCUGUUAGAAAUGAGCCAGUAGUAAAUGAAAUAACAGAGGAUGAUGUUAAUGAUCUAAGUGAUCAAAUUCGUCAAUUGAAGGAAGAGCUUAUUAGAGCAAAGUCCACUGCUUCUAAUUCAGUUGGUGGUAAAUAUGGACACUUUCAAGGAUGGAAUGUACGUGAAAGCUUGAAUCAAUUGAGAGUUAGCCUUAAUCGCUCAUUAAUAUUGCCUCGCAUUGACCAUGAUUCUGAUGAAGAGGUUAAUGUUGAUGAGGACGAUGUAAAUGAACUUCGUAAACAGCUAGAUGAGUUGCGUGAUUCUCAUGAAGAGAAUUCAGGGGACCUAUCUCUUAAUAGGCUCUCCAUCCAGGUGGGUGAAAGUUGUGAGACAGAUUUGAUGAGUCAAGAUGAUAUCAAUUAUCCAGAAGAAACAGAGUGUGAAGAAAUUAAUCUUGAGACAUCUGAAAAUGAAAUUCCUCACAAGGAAAACAUCACGCUGACAGAGAAUCUCGGAAGUUCUUCUAAAACCUUGGAGGCUAAGAAUCCAGGAUUUAGAAGCAGCAUCUCAAUCAGCUCCUGCAGGCCUUCAAUUCUCCAAGAGCCAACGUUGUCAGAGUCUCCAAAAAUUGGAAAAAACCAUAGGAAAAGUGUGACAAUCUCAUCAAGUCAUUCAGUUAGUAGGAAUAAUGUUUCUGACAGUUCAAAGAUUAAUUCAGAUGUUUUAAGACAGUCACUUAGUCAGAGUGAAAAUAUCAGGUCUUCUUUGCAGUCAAGCAAGAUAUUUCCAGGCCCCACAGAGUCAUUGGCUGCCAGCCUUCAGAGAGGCUUACAGAUAAUUGACUACCACCAGAGGAACUCUGCAUCAAAUGGAACUCCAGUUGCCUUCUCGUUUGAGCACUUGACACUGAAACCUUGUCCUGAAGUCGAUAACACCAAUGCUUCUACAACAUUGCUUUGUGCAUCUUGCCGAAAACAGAUUCAAGAAACAGAUUCCAAUGAAGUCCAGGAUAGCUUGAAGACAUGGAUUGUGGCAGUUGAUGGAGCAGGGAAGCCAAUGACUGACGAAGCAACUAAGGAUGCAAGGAAUGCAAUGGCAGAAGUUACCAAGAGAGAGGAGCUUGAAAAUCGUUGUAUGGAGCAAGCAGCGAAAAUUGAGCAAUUAAAUCAAUUGAUAGAGCAAUACAAAUGUGAGAAACAUAAUUCCAUUGUUGAAGAUGGUCAAGAAAGUAACUCUCGUUGUCUUUUGUCUUCAAAGAAUGAAAUAAUACCAUUUGAGGAGUCCAAAGAUGUGGACAUUCAUUUUCUGAAGGAUGAAACCAAGCAUUUCAGAUGCAAUUCUCUUGAUAAGCAUCCAGAGGUUAUCAAAGAGAACUAUGAAAUAAAGGAAGUUCAGAAUGAGUCGGUUCUGGGGUAUGGAAAUAAUAUAUCUUUUGAUGCGAAUGAGAAGGAAGAACUUCUUAAGGAAAUCCAACUUUUAAGGAGCAAGUUGAAGUCACAAACUGAUGCAUCUCCUAACAAGUCUACUGAGAAGCUAAGGUCCUCUCUAUUGUCGCGGUCCAUCCAACUGCGAAAAAGUGGUGCAUACCAAAAUUUCAGCCAAGAAGAACUGGAGAGAGAAAGAGAAAGAUGGACAGAAAUGGAGAGCGAUUGGAUUUCAUUAACCGAUGAGCUGAGAAUUGAUCUAGAUGCUCACCGUCGACGAGCAGAGAAGGUGGAGAUGGAAUUGAAAUUAGAGAAGCAGUGUACUGAAGAAUUAGAUGAUGCACUUCAAAGAUCUGUCCUUGGCCAUGCUAGAUUUGUUGAACAUUAUGCAGAACUGCAAGAGAAGUAUAACGACUUGGCUGGAAAGCACCGUGCAAUCAUGGAAGGGAUAGCAGAGGUGAAGAAGGCAAUGGCAAAGGCUGGUAAAAAGGGUCAUGGACCUCGUUUUGCCAAAUCUCUUGCUGCAGAGCUCUCUGCAAUGAGAGUGGAAAGAGAGAGGGAGAGAGAACUUUUGAAAAAAGAGAACAAGAGUCUCAGAAUUCAACUGAGGGAUACUGCAGAAGCUGUUCAUGCUGCUGGAGAACUUCUUGUAAGGCUCAGAGAAACUGAACAUGCAGCAUCAGUUGCAGAGGAGAACUUCACAAAUAUGCAGCAAGAAAAUGAAAAACUGAAGAAGCAAAUGGAGAAGCUUAAACGAAAGCACAAGAUGGAGUUGGUUACCAUGAAGCAGUACUUGGCAGAGAGCAAAUUGCCAGAGUCAGCAUUGCAACCACUCUAUCAUGAGGAUUCCAACAUUGCACAGAACACAAUCCCAGAUGAUGAUCAAGCAUGGAGAGCUGAAUUUGGAGCAAUAUACCAAGAUCAUUACUGACUGUGAAUGAACUUUGAGAUUAGCCAAGGAAGGAUUGCUGGAUGAUGGUAAGGUAGGUAGUGUUGUUGAUUUUCAUGACCCUACUUGGGUCCUUUAAAAACAUUCAUGUAUGAUUUGUUUGGUGUGCUUACUAAUAAUGUAAUGAAUUUUAUUCUUUAGUUGUAAAUGAGUAUUCAAUACUGGAACUAUGAUAAAAGAUGCAUCUAAGAAAAAUGAAACAUAUUACUCAAAUUACCAUAGUUGAAAAUUCCAUGUA